GGCCGCAGGGCUCGUUCCGGGAGGCGGGCGCAGCGGAGGCCGGUGUGGCCGGAGCUCGGGCGGAGGCCGGGCGCGGGCUGCAAGACUGGGGCGGGAGGCGAGCGGGCGGCCGGGGUGGGACGUUCCGGCCGUGGGGGCGGCGGGGGCGGCGUCUGGGCUGCGGCGGCAGGGGUCACCGGGCGAGCCGGAGGGUGUCCCGUGGCGGCCGAGCGCCGCACCGCUGGCUCCUGAGGGGCGGCUCGGGCCCCUAGGGCCCCGGGCUGGUCGGCGGGGCCGCGGGAGCAGGGCGGGCUGCGCGCCGGGUCUGGCCCUGCCCUGCGGCCCGCCCUCGGCAUUCCGGGCCUCUGGACCACGCGCCACCCCCCCCCCCCAACCCCCCAAAGGCUGAGGGUCUGGUAGCCAUGUGUGGACCCUAAAGCGCCUUGUAGUCUUUUGAAGCGCUUUGACAUCUCGGAAGGGCUCUGUACUGCAAACUAAAUUGAAGCGCUUUGUAAUCCCGGAAGCGCUUUGACAUCUCCCUAGUAGCGCUGUGCAAACUGAAGCGCUUGGUGAUCGCGGAAGCACGUUGUGGGGUUUGGAAACCAAACCGACGCCCUUAGUAAAUCUUGGAUCGUUUUGACUAAGGCGAAGCGCUUUGGAAUCGCGAACAGUAGAAGCGCGUUGGUAUCUCUGAAACCUUGAGAACUGUGAUGGGCAGUGGAAAGAACGGGGAAAGGUGCCCAUGGCGUCGGAGCGGCGCAAGGUCAAGUACCACUGGAGCAGCACUUCGGAAGGGUGUCCCCGCAAGCGCAGCUGCCUCAGGGAGCCCGGUGAUGUGGCCCCCUCCAGCCGGUCAGCUCCUAGCUCUGCGUCGCGUUCAGGAGGCACCAGCAGCCCCAAGCGCCUGAAAGCCCAGAAGGAGGACGAUGUGGCCUGCACCCCGAGGUUGCCCUGGGGCUCAUCCUGCCGCAGAAAUUCUUCCUCCUCCUCCUCCUCUUCCUCCUCCUCGCAUUCCUCUGGCCCAGGUGUGGGCGGGGCUGCCCCCAAAGGCUGCCUGAUUCGGAGCACACGGGGAUUCCUUUCAUCGUCCAGAGGAUCCCCUCUUCGCUCUGCCAACCCCUCUCCAGAAGAAAUGGCUUCUCUAGAGGAGGAAGCCUGCAGCCUUAAGGUUGAUUCGAAAGAUAGUUCUCGUAACUCCACAAACUCUGAAUUUGCAGCCGAAGCUGAGGGUCAGAAUGACACAACUGAGGAACCAAACAAGGUCCAGAAAAGGAAGAGGGAUAGGUUUCGAGACCAAGGCUCUACAAUGAUCUACCUGAAGGCUAUCCAGGGCAUCUUGGGAAAGUCGAUGCCAAAAAGGAAGGGAGAGGCUUCCACUAGGGCCACACCAAACACAAGGGAGCGUCCCAGCCGUGGAGAAGGGCCAGCCAGGAGUGCCACUGUGUCUCCUCCUCAGAAAGGGAAAGAGUCAGCCUCAGAGGUAAGAGCAGAGGAGGAAAAGGCUGUGCUGGAGAGGACCAGCUUCUGCGACAGGAGAGUGGUGAUAGACCCUCAGGAGAAACCCAGCGAGGAGACACCUGGUGACCGAAGGACAGUCAUUGACAAGCAUUCUCCACCUCUGGAGUUUUUGGAUGACUCUGACUCUCAUUUAGAAAGCCAGAAGCCUAAAGAAAGGGAGGUGGUGAUAGAGCGCACCUCUUCAGGAAGUGACUGGUCUGAUGUAGACGAAGUCUCCACAGUCCGAUUCUCUCAGGAGGAGCCCGGCUCGCUGAAACCCUCCACAGUUCCAGAGCCUUCUGCCUUCCCCACUGACUAUGUCAUGUACCCGGCUCAUUUGUACAGUAGUCCGUGGUGUGACUAUGCCAGCUAUUGGACCAGCAGCCCCAAGCCUUGUGGCUACCCCUCUGUGGGCGCCGGCAGUGACACGCUGCAGGCAGGGCGGAGCAACCGGGGCCUCCUGAGUGAUUGUCCCCCUAACUCUGCAGCGACUUCUCAGAAUACUUCCAGAGACCAGGAGGCAACAGAGGAAGGCACAUCCCAGAACUCCCGUUCAUUUCAUUUCUCCAGAAGCUCAGAAGAAGAGGUGAAGGAGAAAAGAGCACUCCAGGAGGAGAUGGCACCACGUCCAUGCGGAAGCCACGCAUCCGGCUCCCUGCCAAGGAGCCAUCGGGGGUCAGGCCUAGAAGAGGGUUUCAUCGAUACCCACUGUCACCUGGACAUGCUGUAUUCCAAGUUGUCUUUCAAAGGGUCCUUUACCAAGUUCAGAAAAAUUUAUAGCAGCUCCUUCCCUAAGGAGUUUCAGGGCUGCAUCUCUGACUUCUGUGAUCCUCGGACACUGACUGAUUGCCUGUGGGAGGAGCUCUUGAAAGAGGAUCUGGUUUGGGGGGCCUUUGGCUGUCAUCCUCAUUUUGCACGUUACUACAGUGAGAGUCAAGAAAGAAAUCUUUUGCAAGCCUUAAGGCACCCCAAGGCUGUGGCAUUUGGGGAAAUGGGCUUGGAUUACUCGUAUAAGUGCACCACGCCUGUCCCAGAACAGCACAAGGUGUUUGAGAGACAGCUGCAGCUGGCCGUAUCUCUGAAGAAGCCCUUGGUGAUCCACUGCCGAGAAGCUGACGAAGAUCUGCUGAACAUCAUGAAAAAAUUUGUGCCCUCAGACUACAAGAUCCAUAGGCACUGCUUCACUGGCAGCUACCCAGUCAUCGAGCCUCUGCUGAAGCACUUCCCCAACAUGUCUGUGGGCUUCACAGCAGUCCUGACUUACUCCUCGGCCUGGGAGGCCCGGGAAGCUCUGAAGCAGAUCCCGCUGGAGAGAAUCAUUGUGGAAACGGACGCUCCCUACUUCCUGCCCCGACAGGUUCCCAAAAGCCUCUGCCAGUAUGCCCACCCAGGCCUGGCCUUGCAUACGGUCCGAGAGAUUGCGAGGGUCAAAGAUCAGCCGCUCUCCCACACCUUGGCCAUCCUGCGUGAGAACACCAGCCGCCUCUACAAUCUUUAAGCAGAGAGGGUGCAGUCAGGAGAAAAAGGUCAGACUAGAAAAGGUCAUCAAGAUCACGUUACAUGUUUUUUAAAAAUCAGGACAAAAAUUGGUUUCUCUGCAUCUUCUUACUGGAGAGAAUGUAGAACAUAGGGUGAGCAUUUAGCCUGAUCUGUCUUGAGUGAACUUGGUUUGGGACCUUCUUCCUUUUCUCUCCCCACCCCUCCAGGACAACCAGUGGCCUGACAGAAGAUGGGCUGGUUUGCUCUCUGCCUGUAUGUCCCAGGUCAGGGAUGUGUCUGAAGAGAGCCCCUUGGAACGGAGGAAACCAGGACAGGAUGUUUGCCUCAAAGCCCCGUCCUAAAGCUCUACUUCCGGCUCGGGGGUGGGGUGGGGAGCAGCGUGGAGCAAGGCACGGGUAGGGUCUACCUCCCCGGGGCAGUCAGUGACGCAGGAAGGGGCUGAGAGGAGGGCGCAGCGAGUUCGCCACUCCAAGUCCUGGUGCUCUGCAGCCUGCGACUUUGAGCAGUCUUCACAGAUCCUCUCCUACUCGUCUGAGCACCUGUGUGUGUGUAACUCCGCUCCUGGGUCUCCGAUCUAAAGGUGAACUCCCAAGUGGGAAACCUCCUCUGGGGGACGUUAACUGGAGCCUUGUCUCGGAGGUUUAUGGUCCUUCAACCGAGAAGUCCUCCCCUUCUUUCCCUGGAUAAUGCUUCGGUUCGGCUGUCCCCGCUGCUGCCUCAGCUCUGCUUCAGCAUGAGUGGAAGACCUUGGCUGCUCGUCUCACUGGUUCUUCUGCCAUCGGUCUGGAGGGGCGGGGGACGCUCACUGUCCGGGGGAAGUCCUGGCCAAUGGGGAUCUGGACAGACUGGGGGACUCCAGGAGGAGGCCUUUGGGAGGAAGAGGACCCCUGAGAAGGUGUUUCUGCUUACCGAUGCCCCCAGGGCUACGGCUCGGUUGUGUUCAUCUGGUAAGGGUUCAGUUUGCAGCAGAUGCGACCUGCUAGUCUGCUGUUGGGACGUCCCACCUGCCUGUUGCUCCAUUUUUGCCCCAUUCUCCUGGAACACUGGACCAAGAAUACUUCUGUUUCAUCCCAUGUAACAGCCCCUUAUGUGCCCCACCCAGGUUGAGAGGUAAACCAGUUUAAUUCUUCAGAACUCUGUUGGGGCUGCUCAGCCAUGGUGUUGCUUACGCUGCACAUGAUCUUAGCCAAAAGGCCGAGAAGCGAUGGUGUUGCUUAUGCCAAACAAACAGGCCUGGUGUCUCUGCCUUUCAGUCCCCUCCCAGGGCUCUCUCUCCCUUGCCUUUGCCUCAUCUGUGUCCUUUCUCCCAUGUUGGAAGUGAGUGCCUCUCCUUUGACUUUUGAGAGGCUGGGUCAUCAGGUUCUAAGCUCUGCUCUGCUCCCUGCCUGGUAUAUCUGUUACAGGCCCUGGAAGGUUCUAAUGGUUGAGGGUUAAGUGUGAGGACACUCUGCACUUUGUCCAAAAGGAUCCUUUACCCUGAUCUCCCACAGUGAGACGGGACACCUUCAGUCCCUUGUCUGUUUCUUGGAGGCCGGUAGCUUAAUUCGUGAAAUCCAUCACUUAAUGCUGGAUUUCUCUAGGGGUUUUUGGAAGGUGCAUUUGAGCCUCGUAAGCUGAAAGGGAGUGGACUUAACGUUUCAUAGCUGGUGUUUCUGUCUUGGCCUGGUGCACGUGUCACUGGCCUGGGAAGCAGGCCUUGAUUCACUGUUGGCCUUCCAUGGCUCAGCUGCGUGGCAUUGUCUGUGCCUCCAGUUUGCCAACGCGGGGAAUCGGGGGCUUUCUCUCCCGCUUGGAGGACUAAGUAUUUCAGAGCGCUCUGUUGUCCCGCAAGUGAACUGCAGCCUGUACACCUCCUUUACAACCAGCCCUGUCAGUCAAUACUCGCUGCGCUGGAAGCGGAGUGGUCCUGUGCUAGAGGGCUAAAAGUGAUGACUAAGUGGAUGUCUCUGAGCCUGUGCAGUCUCCCUGCCAAGGUAAAGCACAAGGUGCUAUGUACUCUCAUCUCUAGGAUUUAAGAUGAUCAUUUCUGUGCUGUUACACAGUGGAACAUGACUUGUGUGGGCGGUGAAAGCUGGUGGGCAUUGUUUUUGACUUGAUGGCUGACUUGAUUGUUUUUGCUGUGCUGCCGGAAUGCCUCUGUAUGUCCCCCCACCCCCUUCCCCUUUUGGCCAUCUCUUUCUGAAAAUAAAGUGAUGGGUCUUUAGCCA